UUUUCCAGCUCUGUUUCCCUCGCUUCCUUCUCUCUGCCGCUCUGUUUCAGAGUAGUAGUAAUACCAGCAACAGCUGAACAGCAUCGUGGGUCCAUCUACAACUGAUAGAAACCGACUCUCCUGUUGCCAUCCUCCAUCUCUCUCCUUUUCUCUCCUCCUUCUCCCCUGUUGCAUGCUGAUUUAUUCAAAGAUUGCGAGGAGUUGACAGCCAGACACCCGUCAAGAGGAAUGCUGCAGAAGUGGAGGACAGUGGAAGAAACUCAUUGAGAUGUAGUAAGACAAAGGACAGAGUGAUGCCGGCAGUAGAUUAACAGGGAACCGUUGGGCAGUUGAGGACUGAUCUGAGCCUUGCAGAGGGAAAGCAGAGCAGAAAGCGAGCUGGGGUUCAGUUGCAUCAGGGUGGAAGCUGUUGAAUAGCUGCAUGUGACGCUCUCCGUUCUUGAGCCCGAGGGAAAAGGCUCCUAUGAGCGAAGAGGACAAGCUGUACCCAGGAAGCAGGGGAAUGGCAUGAUCUCCUCUCUUUCAUGUGACUUCUGACAUCAUCUCGAGGCAUGAGACUUAGUCCAUGCCAUGCUACUCCUUGUGGACUGCCUCUGAACAGUGACAUCCUUGUCAUCCCAACACUAUUUAAGGAAGUCACAGAGUUGGUUCAUACUGCAGGCAGUCACGGAAACCCAGCGGGCCGCCCUGACCCUGACCCCUCUGCGGUGAGCUGCCGUUGAGGACCAUGGUCCUGCCGUUGCUGCUGAAGCUCCUUAACGUCUUCCUGCGCCAGUCGACUCUCACCAAAACUGCUGCCACGAAACACUGCCACCGCCCGUCCUGCUGCCCGUCUGCUCUGAUGCCGCGCCCGCCCGGCCUGCCACUCUCUUGCCGCCGCGGGUGGGAGGCGAAAGAGCACCCACGACGUCUGCCCACCGAAGGAAGAGAGGUGCUGUCUCUGGGUGCAGAUGUGUUGCCGGAGUACAAGCUGCAGGCUCCUCGCAUCCACAAGUGGACGGUGUUGCACUACAGCCCCUUCAAGGCGGUGUGGGACUGGCUCAUCCUGCUGCUGGUCAUCUACACCGCCAUCCUGACUCCCUACUCAGCCGCAUUCCUCCUCAACGAUCACGAAGACCUAGGCAUGCAGGGUUGCAUUUACUCCUGCUCUCCUCUCAAUGUGGUGGACCUCAUAGUGGACAUCAUGUUCAUUAUUGACAUCCUCAUCAUCAACUUCAGGACAACAUACGUAAACUCUAAUGACGAAGUGGUGAGCCACCCGGUGCGCAUAGCUGUCCACUAUUUCAAAGGCUGGUUCCUCAUCGACAUGGUGGCUGCUAUUCCCUUUGACCUGCUCAUCUACCGCAAUGGAGAGGAGACCACCACUCUGAUUGGUCUGCUGAAGACAGCUCGUCUCCUACGGUUGGUUCGUGUAGCCCGAAAACUGGAUCGCUACUCAGAGUACGGUGCGGCUGUCCUCUUUCUUCUCAUGUGCACCUUCGCCCUCAUCGCUCACUGGCUGGCCUGCAUCUGGUAUGCAAUCGGUAGCGUAGAGCGGAACGGUUCGAUCGGCUGGCUCCACACUCUGGGCGACCAGUUAGGGAAACACUUCAAUGGUUCCAUACCAGGUUCAGGACCUUCCAUCAAAGACAAGUAUGUGACAGCGCUGUACUUCACCUUCAGCAGUCUGACCAGCGUGGGAUUCGGAAACGUGUCCCCCAACACCAACUCUGAGAAGAUCUUCUCCAUCUGCGUCAUGCUCAUCGGAUCCCUCAUGUACGCCAGUAUCUUUGGGAAUGUCUCAGCCAUCAUCCAGCGGCUGUACUCCGGGACGGCCCGCUACCACACCCAGAUGCUGAGAGUCAGGGAGUUCACGUUCCACCAGAUCCCCAACCCACUCAGGCAGAGGUUGGAGGAGUACUUCCAGCAUGCCUGGUCCUACACCAAUGGCAUCGACAUGAACGCU